ACGUUGUUGCUGCAGCCAUCCAUUUAACAUAUUGUCAACUUCACGACUCAAGUACCUUAUUACAGCAACUCAUGGGCCUCUUGAUUCAGCCUAUUCCUACCUAUCCAUGGAUGUCUCACUGAGUCGCCAAAUACAUUAAUCAAGUACUGGGCAGGUCAACAGUUUUCCCUGACCUCUCUAUCUGUCAAACAAUUGAUUGUGUCCUUGAAUAUCUACAUAGUACCUAGUACCCAGUGCCUAGGUACAAUAGGGAGGUCUCUCCAGGGUAUCAAACUUACUGAUUUAUUCCCCCUUCUUGUGCUUUUUACCAUCCGGUAAUAUGACUCUCUUACCUUAGGUUCUUCAGUCAAUCCAUCAGAUGAACAAUUCAGUGCCUUGGGGGUUUCUUCGUACAAACGAACCCAAACCGGACAGAGCUGACUCACUCACACUACACGCCACUCUGCUCUGCUCUGCUCUGUACCAACAAACAUUUCCUAUACACUGGAUUGUAUCACAUCAGAGUUAAAGCCGCGGUGGCUUAUGGUGGUCUAUCCAGAUAUCUUAUUACUUACAACACCGCCCUGUAUUAUAGGUUCAAAGGAACAAAUUCACCACUACACAUGGGCCAAUCCGCUCUGUACCAUAUGACAAGCAUUAUCGACCGAAACACAAACUUAGUGCGCUACUGUGUAUUUCCAGUAAAUACAUUGCGUUGAAGGCAAAUCAUAUUGCAUUGGUGUAAUGCUAUCUUGGAACCUAUGUCGAAACAUCAAUUUAACUAUCAGCACCUACCUGAGUACCUACCUAGGCUCUACCUACCUACGGAGUACAGAUACCUAAGGUACUAGGUAGUCAGUACCUAGUACCCUAGACUCGCGCUUCGGACUCAGGCAAUGGUUUAUUGUUACUUUCACUACAAUCAAUCUCAAAAAAAAAUAGACGUCGAGAAAUAGAGCAACUUCAAGCAAGAUCAGUCAGAAGCAGACAUAUUGAGGUUGAUACAAGUUCAAGAAAAAUAAUUAGGUAUCGACUAUAAAGUACCUAACUGCUAACAUUCGCUUUCGCCAGUGGAUUGGUGGCUGAAGAUCACGUGAUGUACACUCCACCUCUCAGGUGCUCUCAGCCUCUCACCCCCCGUGCAAUCAAUCCAAAUCUUCAGGUUCCUGCCUCUCCACCAAAUUGAUUCUCCCGUCCCCUACCCACGUCACCGGGCCCCCGAUACCCCAAACAGUUCCCGACAGGCAGCCGAUAGUAUCUAGAUGUUGGCUUUCGUCUGCAUGUUAUACUUUAAUGACUUGUAGCCUGUAUCAUCACCAACAUGAUGUCCACCCCUACUUUGGGGGGCCCCUCCAAUGGACAUUUGUCGCCGGUUGAUGGAAUCAGCAUGUCGUUUGAUACAGGAGAUCAUGCAACCGAUAGCGACUCGCAUGAUGCCCCCGAUCUCACACUCAAUCAACCAUCACCGGCAUCCUCAGACGAGGCGAACAACGAUUCCAAUAUUGUCCACGACAAUACACACAUGUCAGCGAGUGAACAAUCAAGCGAAGACAAUGCGUCUGAUGACGGAGACUUCGAUAUGGAGGAGAGCCUCCCAUCACAGAACGAAGACGCGAUGGAAGACCGCGACAGCUCUACCGACUCGAAUCGAGCCUCCAAGCGCAAAGCUCCUGUCGAGGAAGACGAGUACAUCAAGGCUAAUCCAGAGCUCUAUGGGUUGAGGAGAAGUACGCGACCUCGAGAACAACGAAAAAUCGUCGAAUCUGAUGAUUCGGAUUCUGAACCCCCUGUCAACCGUCGGACAGUCAAGCGGCGACGUGUUGAAUCCUCCCGUCCUUCAUCCAAGAUUGGAACUCCAACGUUACGUGCCUCCACAGCCGAUUCCGAUUCCGAUUCCGACACAUAUGGCGGUGCUCGCGCAAAGAGCCUGCAGAAGAAGGCUCGUAUGCAACGCGAAGCACAGCCAGAUCUCGCACUUGCUGAAAAGCGCUGGUCGAGUCGUCGCGCUGCACAGGUACAACAAGGAGCAUACGAAGAGAGCGACGUCGACGAGGAUGAUGACGACGAGCUCGCCCCCAUGGCGUACACCGUUGACUAUAUCGACGAUUCACCAUACAUAGAAAAAGUUGUCCGGCAUAGGCUCAAAGACGGACUCGAAAUUUCCUACGGGUUGACUAAGAACGACUUCGAAUACUUCAUCAAGUGGCAAGGCAAGUCGCACUUGCAUGACACUUGGGAGACGUUUCAAGACAUUCGAGAUUAUCGAGGUUACCGUAAAGUUGAGAAUUACUUUAGAAAGGUAAUCGAGUACGAGGUGGACAUCCGCGUCGGCGAUGAUAUCCCUCCUGAAACGAAGGAGCAAUUUUUCCUUGACCGCGAGCGAGACGAGGAAGCAUUCGAGGAUUACACGAAGGUCGAGCGAGUGGUCGCUGUACGAGACGGUGAAGACGAUACUGAGUAUCUUGUCAAGUGGAAGGGCCUCACGUACGAAGAAUGCACAUGGGAAGUCGCGUCAGCAAUCAGCGACGCGUUCCAAGACCAAAUUGACCAAUAUCUUGAUCGAGCAUCACGCUCGUGGCAGUCAGACCGGAAGGAGACGAACCUCGACACAAGAUCACGGAUGGUCAAGCUCGAGGAGCAACCCGAUUUCAUCAAAGGCGGCGAACUCCGCAACUUCCAGCUUCGGGGCCUCAACUUCCUGUGUUUGAACUGGACAAAGGGCAAUAACGUGAUCCUCGCCGAUGAAAUGGGUCUCGGAAAAACGGUACAGACCGUAUCAUUCCUCAGCUGGCUCCGUAAUGCUCGACGUCAGGAGGGACCAUCGCUUGUGGUUGCUCCUCUGAGUGUCAUCCCGGCUUGGUGCGACACUUUCAAUCAUUGGUCCCCUGACAUCAAUUAUGUUGUCUACCUCGGACCCGAGGAUGCUCGAAAAAUCAUUCGUGAGCAUGAGCUGCUCGUAGAUGGCAACCCAAAGAAGCCCAAGUUCAAUGUCCUUGUCACUUCAUACGAGUUUAUUCUUCAGGACUGGCAAUUCCUGCAGUCUAUCAAAUGGCAGACGCUCGCUGUUGAUGAGGCUCAUCGCCUCAAGAACCGUGAAUCUCAGUUAUACAACCGGCUGGUUAGCUUUGGCAUUCCUUGCAAGAUUCUAAUAACGGGAACACCUAUUCAAAAUAACUUGGCCGAACUUUCUGCUUUGCUCGACUUUCUUAACCCCGGCAAAGUCGACAUUGACGAAGAUCUUGAUUCCCUUUCUGCCAGCGAUGCACAAGAGAAACUGCAACAACUUCACAAGGCUAUUGCACCUUUCAUUCUGCGACGAACAAAGGAAACCGUCGAGUCAGAUCUUCCCCCCAAGACUGAGAAGAUUAUCCGCGUCGAGCUUUCAGAUGUCCAGUUGGAGUACUACAAGAACAUCCUGACCAGAAACUACACAGCCCUUUGCGAUGCCACCAAUGGACACAAGAACUCUCUCCUGAAUAUUAUGAUGGAACUGAAGAAGAUCAGUAACCAUCCUUACAUGUUUCCUGGUGCUGAGGAGAAGGUCCUGGCCGGCAGCGUCCGCCGUGAAGAUCAAAUCAAGGGCUUGAUUGCCAGCAGUGGAAAGAUGAUGCUACUCGAUCAACUUCUUUCCAAGCUCAACAAAGAUGGCCACCGAGUCCUGAUCUUCAGUCAGAUGGUCAAAAUGCUUGAUAUUCUUGGCGACUACUGCUCUCUGCGGGGUUACAAGUUCCAGAGAUUGGACGGCACUAUUGCUGCUGGCCCCCGACGCAUGGCUAUCAACCACUUCAACGCUGAUGAUAGCGAUGACUUUUGCUUCCUUCUCUCUACUCGUGCAGGUGGCCUUGGAAUCAACCUCAUGACGGCAGACACUGUCAUCAUUUUCGACUCUGACUGGAACCCUCAAGCUGAUUUGCAAGCCAUGGCUCGUGCCCAUCGCAUCGGCCAGAAACGUCCUGUAAACAUCUACCGCCUAGUCUCCAAGGAGACUGUUGAGGAAGAGGUUCUCGAAAGGGCUCGCAACAAACUCUUACUCGAAUAUCUGACCAUCCAGGCCGGUGUCACUGACGACGGCAAGGCAGCUUUCAAGGAGGAACUCAAUAAGAAGGGUCUCAGGGUCGAAGGCCCGUCUUCGUCUGAAGAUAUCCAAAUGGUUCUCAAGAUGCGAUCAUCUAAGAUGUUCGAACAGAGUGGCAACCAAGAACGGCUUGAACAACUCGACAUUGACUCAAUUCUUGAGAACGCUGAGGUCACCAAGACCAAGGUCGACGACAAGAUAAACCUAAGUAGUGGCGGCAUCGACUGGGACAAUUUCAUGCAAAUUACUGAUGUAAAAGUUGAUGACAUCAACCUUGAUUGGGAUCAAAUUAUCCCCGCCGACAAGAUCGCCGAAAUCAAGGCCGAGGAAGAAAAGAAACAGCAUGAGGCCUACGUUGCCAAGGUGGCGGCUGAAAGUGCUCCACGCAGAGCCGCCAUCAAGAGCCGCCACAGAGAGAGCGAACGUGAUGUUCGCCUCAAGAAACGACAGAAGGAGCAGCAAGACAAGGAGGAAGACGACCGAAGGCCCGUGCCUCUCGAUCCUAAGCGUCCUUUGAACGAUAAGGAACAACGUAGUCUAAUAAAGGCUUACUUCCGUUACGGCUCAAUGGAUGAUCGCGGGGAUGAAAUCAUCAAGGAAGCCAAGCUGAGAGAAAGGGAUCCAGAAUACGUCAAGUCGGUCCUCGAUGAAUUCAUCAAGGCAGCCAAGGAGGCGGUGGACGAUAACUAUGCUCAGAUGGUGGAAGAAGAAAAGAGACUCGGGAAGACUCUCACGAAGAAGGACCGCAAGGCUGUUCUGAUAGACUUUGGCGAUCUCAAGAAGGUCAACGCUGAAACGGCCAUAGAACGUCCGAAGCAGCUUCAGCUUCUCCGACAAGUCAUACGCAGCCACAAUGACUGGCACACGUUUCGUCUCCCUGACGCGACUAAGGCCGCUAGCUACUCUUGUGCUUGGGGUGCUAAAGAAGAUGCCAUGCUCCUGGUCGGUAUUGACAGACACGGCUUUGGCGCUUGGCCUCAGAUCCGUGACGAUCCUGAUCUGGAGAUGGUAGACAAACUCUUCCUUGAAGAACAUCGCGUGGAGAAGAAGGAGGAGCGUAGCAAGGGCAAUGACAAGAUGAAGGCUCCUGGCGCCGUUCACCUUGUUCGUCGAUCAGAGUAUCUGCUUUCAGUCCUGCAAGCAAAACACUCUAACGAUCGUGGUGUGCAGCGAGCAGUAGAGAAUCAUCACCGCAACAACAAAAAGACAAUUGCCAAUGGCCACCGUGGGAGUGCCACAGCGUCGCCUGCUCCGCACAAUGGCAAGAAGUCUCGCGACCGCGACAGAGACCACCUCCAUGGUGACCUGCACCGAUCCCGAAGCCAUGUGGAGGAGCGUGGAACCCCACGGCCGGAUUUCAAGCGAAAACAUUUGUCUCACGAAGAUAGCCGCAGCCCCAAGCACCGCCGCAUCGAGGAGCACCGUCGAUCCAGUAAGCAUGGAGAGGACAGGGAGAGGACAGAGAAGCGGCGCCAUCGGGAUGAUGAGGACCGACGUGAUGAGCGCCGAGACGAACGACGGGAUGACAGACGACAUGAUAAACAUCGCCUCAGCCACAGUCAUCGCGAUGAUCGUCGGGAAGACCGCCGAGAUGACCGACGUGACGACCGACGUGAUGAUAGGCGACAUGACCGACAUCGUGAAGAUCGUGAUCGUGAUCGCGAACGAGAGCGAGAGCGAGCCCAUGACUCGCAUCCUCAGGAUGAGCGCCGAGCCAAGGCUCUGCGAAGACUGGACGAACUUCGCCGGAUUGGCGAUAACAAAGAUAAGAGAGCUGAGGACAACGACGCCAUGAUUUGGUUUCUACUCAAACCGGUCCGAGAGAACUUUGAGAGGAUUCUUUCUACAACCAAGGACAACGUCAAGUCAAGCAAGGAGCGGGCGUCUAUCUUUGGCGUCGAGCUGGUCGUUAUCGGCACUUUUCUCGACGAGAAAUUGGCAGCCACUGCUGCUGACGAAGGUCUCAAGAGCAACUUCUGGGACUUUCUGGCAGCUUUGUGGCCUGUAGAUGAUACAAGCAAGAGCGUCACGGGAAAGCGAUUGAGCAACAUGUACCGCACUCUACACUCCCGUAGCAAGGGAUCCGGUUCUACCAAAACCAAUGGUGCAUAGUCACCGUCACCAUCAGCUAAAGGAAAGCAACGGAUGAUUCCUAACAAGGAACAAUCAGUACGAAACCAAAACAAACACACCUACCUCCCUGUUACGAGCAGAUUAUACCUGAUAUUGUUUCAUUAUGACUUGAGCAUCUUUUUAUUCAGUUUCCGGCAUAGGAUCGGCGUUUGGUUGCGCAUACCUCAAAAUACAGAGGCAGUCAGCAUGUUUGCCCUUUACUACACUUGACUGCAUUUUUAGCAAGAACAACGUGUGGAAAGAUCUGAGGUUCAGGUUCAGACCAUACCCGGAUAGCAUGGUAUAGGACUUGUCAUAUGUGGAGUUGUCUCAUCUUGAUCGACUUGGCUGUUGCCAAGAUUAUACACACUUACGUUGGGGGGCCACGUCUUAUGCAUUUGAGCUAGGGUAGCGUUGCGCCUCUUUGUUGAACUGGAUUUGUUAUCUGGGGCUCGGUGUUGGCCAUCUGCUCAACACACCUCAAGAAUGGGAGGUGAGAAGGUGAUGCGGAGGCCAACACAAUGCAUAGAGACCCAUAUUGUUGUUAGAUGAAGAUUACUGCAUGGCAUGGACAGUGGAUAAAAAAGAAACGAGCAACAACUGCCAGGCGAUGGCUUCUGCUUGGGUUAAUAGAAGCUCUAAACUAUAAAGAAAGAUGAACAACUCCGAGGUUCGCAUUAACCUGUGCCGUCUUGAUAUGUACGAUAUUUUCACGUAGUAUGUAUAUAUAUCAUGCUGUGGUUAUGU